AACGAGGGUCUAACCACAUGGAUCAGUUCGCUGACACUGCCCAUGCAACCCUCCCAUGGUUGGCCUUGAUUCGUUCCUCUCGCCUUUCUCGAAACCCGGCUUCUCACCUUCUACGAGUACCACUCCCCCCAACUUUCUCUCUCUCGGUGUCUGUACGGAGUAUCUUUUACUCGUACUAGCUUUGCGCUCCAUCCACAUCCUAUUUGUAAUGGUUACUGUGGUGGGAGUCCUUGUACCUUGGAUCACCCUCAAAACCCACCUUCUACGCGCCAGGCCAACCUAGGCAUGUACUUGCACUGGCCUCGAUCGCACACCUCGCGACCAUGCACUCUACCUUGUCGUCCGCAUGUACUCUGUCCCGGCGAUAAGUGACCGUCCCAGAGCUCGGUCUGGCGCAUCGACGAUUUCCCCGUCUUGUUGCUGCCUCUGCUACUUAUCGCGAGCUUGCCACCGCCACGCCAGUCUUGCUGACAGAUUGCCGUGAACUCGAUGCGGCCGUCCAGGACGCGCCUGCAACCCGAGGAAAGGAUUCGAAGUUGGUGGGCGAUUGAUCGGAGGAGGUGAUGGCCCCUGGACCACGCAGCCCGAGCAUUCUCGAUCAUGUGAAUCCGGAAACGCCAGGACCCCAGGUCCUCCCACCACUGUCCCGCGUGACGAGCGCGCCAGAAACACGGCACCCCGAAGAACCAUAUCCUGCCUUCACCGAUCGGAUCCCUCUCAAGCGCAGCUCGCCCAUGGAUCGAGCCUACGAAAGUCCCCGGAACACCUCCUGGACAUCGCCGAGCACUUCUUGGUCACGCAGGAAUUCGAGUCCACGAGGUGCUUGGGGAGAGCCACCGGACAAAAAGGCGCGGUUGGAAUAUGUGCCCGAGCUGGAGGAAGAAGAGGUGGAAGCGUGCCGGCGAAAAACAGACUAUACGGUAUGUUGGUCCUACGGCUACAGUGCCUUAAGCAGCGUCGAGAUGUGUGACUGACGUGGGCUUUGCGGGCAGGCCAGUUCUUAUAUUUAUCCGCCCGACCAGCUGCCGCCGCCACCACCACUGGCAUCCUCUCGAACAGGUUCUCGGUCUUCGUUCGGAAGUUGCGGAAACUGUUCAGACUCGGAUUCUCUAUUGGCGGACCUGGUGACAGGUUUUUUCGAUCUGCAGUCUCAGGUCUGCCAAGUGCUCAAUCUCCCGCUGCAGCAGCGGAAUGCAGGACAGCAGGCAAAGCUCGAGUUGACUAAGCUAGGCCUGAAACAGUCACUUGCAUGGGCCAUCGCCGAGUUACGGCAUACGAUUCGUCUUGUCCAGGAUCAUUCAAGCAGUCGCCCAGGAUUGCCCUCUUUGUCCGACGUGGUGCCGCCGCCCUUGGGACACGAUAUACGACGGCACUCAGUCCAUGGCGAGUCGUCGACCGCUCCCACAUCUAUAAAGGAUUCACGCCGCAUACCUCUCCAUCUAGAACCUCCCCGAGGUGACGAUUUCUCUCGCAGACCUGUCGACCUCGCAGAUCCAAUGCCUCGACACUUUGACCAGUCUCUUCCCUCUAUUCUACACGGCGAAGAGCCCAGACGUGCUCAGCCCUACGACCAGAUCGUGCCCCCUUUGACCGGUCAGUCGCCACAUCCCUCCUCGACAUCCUCGCUGUUUACGGCUCAGUCCCCUAUCCAGUCUCAACCCUCGACCAGAACUCUACCUUCCCCUCCAGGUGGGCCGUACCCCAGGACAGCCAGCUCUGGUUCCGCUCAGUACUCGCCCAUCACCUCUCAGACGCCGCAAGGCAGUCAUCUGCAGGAUCUCCAGCAUCAGAUAUCUACCAAGACUUUGGCCCUGCAGACCCUCCAGCGCGAGCACGACCAAUUACUCGCUGCUUUCUCCCGCUCUCAGAUCCGAUGUACCGCCCUCGACAAGAAGUCUCAGGUGUCAGACCAUGAGAUUAUCACCCUGACCGAAGACAAAAUCCGGCUCCAGCAGCAGGUGGACACCCUUGAUGCCCAAGUGCUCGAACUGACCAAGGCGCGCGACGAAGUAACACAGCAAUCGACGGCAGAUGGGGCACAGUGGAGACAGAUCAUGGCCAUGUCAUCGCAAUUGCAAAUCAAGGGUGCCGAAGAGGCCCGACGCUUCAAAGCCGAGCGAGACGCCUGGGAUGAGGAACGGGUCGUGUUACAGGGACGCAUUAAAGAGCUGGAAUCCGUCAAAGACGGAUCGCCCGAGAGGAAAGCCGAGUCUGGUUCCACCACACCGGUGGCGAGCGACUCGAUCCUGGCUUCAGACUCGGUGGAGGUGCUUCGUCAGGAAGUUGUCAGACUGAGGAGGCAAUGUGUGGAACUGGAAUCCAAGUUACAGGAAUUGGCCGGUGAGGCUGAACAGAUUGACAACGCCAUCAAUACUAUGGAGAAUGUACGAAGGAGUUUGUCAGGUAAAAAACGAACCUCGGACGAAACCUAGGCGAGGGCCAAUGUGAUAAGUCAACUUGGGAUAGAUCUAUUCAAGACUUGACGCAGGCUGGAUAAAUUUGCUGCAACUAUACCACUGGCGAUUCUGGCAACUCGCUGGGCUUUCGCCGACCACUUCGCCACCACGGAGACAUUUCUGAAUGGGACCCCGUCUUCACCACCAAGGGGGCUUUGUCGAUAUCGGCCGUAUGCCUGCAUGCAUGUCCGUCGGCUACGUUGCAAGCGUUUUGCGACCGAACCACUUAAGGUACAUCUAUUUCUAGCCGGCGAAAGAGUGAACCUCGAGUUGGUAUAGCUUGGCACAGUACGGCAAGACCAGGUAUGACCACCGGAGCUAGAAACUCUUUGGAUGUGCCGUGGUUGCGCACAGGCUCACAAUCUCUCUCUCUCUCUCAAUCUACGGAGGCGAUCGAGACUUGUGUUGUGAGAGCGAGGUCAAGGAAGGCGAAAAUGAUGUCAAAUCACCAGACCAUGGGGGGAUUUGUUCGUGGAACACAUUGUACGGCUUGAAGAGAGUGGUACGGUGUACACGUAGUGUCUUUUUUUUUUCCUUUCUUGCUCUGUCAGAAGCCUGGCAUCAAUUUCGAAUUUAUUAGACGUGUUAAGGCUACCUCGUGUACGAGUCAGAGGCAAGCCGGCAACGGUCCGCACGGAUAUAUAACAUCAUGUUUAUUUGCAAGUUGAGUGGUUUUCUUACAGUUGUGCCCCGGCGAGUUUGUACUCGGACUGCCUAGAGCCUAGACACUCCAUGUAACUCAGCCUCGUCGGUGGGGUCGUUCACUUCUAGACAAAUGCUACUUGUACAGGCAGCCUACGGUGUAUGUAGAAAGUUGUAAUGAUUGCAUUGAAUUGGUGAGA